GACGAGCUUUACAACCUCGAUUUUCCCAGCCCUAAUCUAUAUUUCUUCAAACUCUUUACCUAAUAAGAAUGUCAGAGUUUAUGUAGUAUAAAUUAACUACAUUUAAGAAUUUCCUGACUCAACAAAUAUUUUUGUCCACAGAAAAAAGCAUACUGAUGCAUCGGAAUAAACAGUUGUUCCUGCAUGCUGUGUGCACUGCAUCUGAAAAUCCCAUCUGCUUUGUGUAUGCACUGUGUUACCCUUACUUUGCUGAUUAAUUCGUUCUCCGACGAAAUAUAAGCAAAAAUGGCUGCUUAUAUCAAUCGUACGAUAUCCAUGAUUGGAGGAGAUGGUCAGCACCGAUCGAACGACCUCAGAACUGAUAAUUCUCCUCUGCAGAUCUUUGUCAAGGCUAAAAAGAAAAUCAACGAUAUCUUCGUAGAGAUAGAUGACUACGUUCAAGAUGCCGUCGGAUUCAUGCAUUCCUUGCGAGAUGAUCGUGAUAUCGUUAAUGCACAAGAAGCAGAAAGAAUUGAAUCCUACGUCAAUAAAGUACAUGCAAUACGAGAUGUGCUUAAACGAGAUCACAUGAAAGUUGCCUUCUUUGGAAGAACCAGCAAUGGGAAAAGUACAGUCAUAAAUGCAAUGUUACGAGAUAAAAUAUUGCCAAGUGGCAUUGGACAUACCACAAAUUGUUUCCUUCAAGUCGAAGGGUCAGACAACGGUGAAUCUUACCUGGUUACCGAGGGAUCUACAGAAAAACAGCCCGUACAAUCCGUGGGUCAGCUUGGACAUGCAUUGUGUAAAGAAAAAUUAUGCGAAAGUCAUUUGGUACGAAUUUUUUGGCCAAGAGAAAAAUGUUUACUGUUACGAGACGAUGUAGUAUUUGUCGAUAGUCCUGGUGUAGACGUAACACCCAAUCUUGAUGAGUGGAUUGACAAGCAUUGCCUGGAUGCAGAUGUCUUCGUUUUAGUUGCAAAUGCAGAAUCUACUCUUAUGGUCACGGAAAAAAAUUUCUUCCAUAAAGUCUCUAUGAAGCUGUCUAAGCCGAAUAUUUUCAUCCUCAACAAUCGCUGGGACGCCUCUGCUUCUGAACCAGAAUUCUUUGAUCAGCUGGUCAAUGAACAAAGGGAGGUCAGAGCACAACAUCAAGAACGAGCUGUCGAUUUCCUUUCAAAAGAACUAAAAGUUUAUACACCCAAGGAUGCUGAGGAAAGAGUUUUCUUUAUAUCAGCUAAAGAAACACUUCAAGCACGACUACAAGAACAGAGAGGCCAACCUGCUCAUAAUGGAGCACUGGCGGAUGGUUUCCAAAACCGUUAUUUCGAAUUUCAAGACUUUGAGCGUAAGUUUGAGGAAUGCAUUUCAAAAUCAGCGGUGAAGACUAAAUUUGAGCAACACUCCCAACGAGGAAAACAUAUUGCAAUGGAAAUUCGAUCGACACUGGAUGAGAUCCUUGAACGAACACAAAAAAUGCGUGCUUCACAGUUGACUGUGAAGAAAGAAGUACACGACAAAUUGAACUUCACAGAACAACAGCUAAUGUUGCUUACUCAGGAAAUGAAAGACAAGAUUCACCGUAUGGUUGAAGACGUUGAACAAAGAGUUUCAAAAGCUUUGAGUGAAGAAAUUAGGAGAUUGGCUGUACUAGUAGAUGAGUUUAGCGUUCCAUUUCACCCAGAACCUUUAGUGCUAAAUGUUUAUAAGAGAGAACUUCACGGUCACGUUGAAAACGGAUUAGGGUCAAAUCUACGUGCAAGACUCAGCACAGCAUUGGCAUUGAAUAUCGAAAAUUCUCAACGCGAGAUGACUGAACGUAUGGCUAGUUUACUACCAGAAAAUAAGAAGCAGUUGUCGAUUAAUAUUUUACCGAGACGAGAGCCAUUUGAAAUUUUAUAUCGCUUGAAUUGUGACAAUCUUUGCGCGGACUUUCACGAGGAUUUAGAGUUUAGAUUCUCUUGGGGAAUUACUGCUUUGAUCAAUAGAUUUGCAGGAAAACAAGGACACAAACUAGCGAUUAGUAACCAUGCUCAAGCAAUUCCUCAAUCACUGAUGUCUCCUACAGAUAGUAUAGAUUCUGUGAAAUUUGUAACAAGUCCAACUUGCAUCCCCUCAAGAGGCGAUGAUUGGUCAUUGGCGACUCGUGUUGCAAUUGCCUCAAUAACAUCCCAGGGCACUAUGGGAGGGUUACUUGUUGCUGGCUUUAUGUUGAAAACAGUUGGGUGGAGGCUUAUAGCUGUAACUGGUGCUGUCUAUGGAGCAUUGUAUCUAUACGAAAGGUUAACAUGGACAAACAAAGCUAAAGAAAGAACAUUCAAGCAGCAAUAUGUAAACCAUGCUACUAAAAAGUUGAGAUUAAUUGUUGACUUAACAUCCGCCAACUGUAGUCACCAAGUGCAACAAGAGUUAUCGAGUACAUUCGCUCGUCUCUGUCAUUUGGUGGAUGAGGCAACGACUGAAAUGGACGGGGAACUCAAAACGAUUGCAACUACUCUUCGUACUCUGGAGGAAGCAGCGACUAAUGCGAAGGUCCUCCGUAACAAAGCCAAUUAUCUAGCUAAUGAACUUGAUUUAUUUGAUGCAGCCUAUUUAAAGUCAUUGAAUUGAAAAAAAGUUUGAACAAAACAAUGAGGUUGCUACAGUAUUCAAUGACUUCCUCGAUCUUAGAAAUCUAUCAAUAAGUAGUAGGAAGUGUGAGUUUUUUAUAUAUACCUAAUUCAGUAUGACAAUUAUACUCUCAUAUCUUGAUACCUUUUUUAGAAGAAUGAUUAAAUCAAUGAAUUUUGGUUUAUUUAGAAUUUUAUACACAAACAAACGUAUACGAAACUUCUUAUACAACAAUUCAUACCUGCCAACGUCAACUUUUAUUUGACACAUAUGUCUAACGUACGUUGCUAGAUUUUCAAUAGUUACUGCAAUCGUAUUGUCCAUUACUAAGGUAUUCAAUCAUGCACACGAAAAAAAAAAAAAAAUUUAGGUAUGUGUCAUACUGAAGUCUGUAUAUACAUAAAUUCCUUGGAAGCUUGAAUACCGUAAGUGGUAAUGUUAUAUCUAGUCUCAAAACCUUUAAGGUCAACUAAUCAAUAGCAGCUUUUUCAAUCACAUUCUUGAUCUAAUCAAGUGUAUAAAAUUUUGAUCCCAAUUGUAUGGGUACCAUGAAAUUGUGUUCAAGCUGAUGAUUUUCUCAGAUCGUAUGCAUCUUAAACAUUGAAUUGAGCCUUCUUAAAAUUUUAGAUUAGGAAAACCUCAGUAGGUAGCACAUUUUGAAAGUGUUUCCUCUAUUUUUAUGAUUCUAGUGUAAGAAUAGAUGCAACAGCAAAGAUCUUCAAAAAAUGAGAAUAUACCUUGUGCAUGAACAAUGCACAGACUUUUUUUCUAUUCCAAAACCUAAAAAGUAUAUGAACGCAAUUGAGAGUACCUAGUUUAGUCUAAUUCACCCCCUUAUCAAGCUUCCAUUUUGCAAAAGAAGUGAGUUUAUGCUGUCUUUAGGUCUGAUUUCGUACCCUUAUUUGGACUGAGGCACUUUGUAUGUUUAGAAUUAAAUAACUAAAGAAAAUCAUUAAAAUUAGCGCAAGAUUGUGAUUGAUAUGUAUGUUAAUUUUUUUUCUUGAUAAUCAUUCAAAUUCUAGAUCUAUUGGAAAGAAAGAAAUAUACUUAUACACUGAAAAAUCAUGAUAGCAAUCUAUUACCAAAAAUGAAUAUCAUUGUCCUACACUUUGUUGAAUUUAACAAAUUAAUUAAAUUUUAUUAGACCAGUGUUUACUGUAUGUUAGAAUCGUAUUAAUAAACAGUUGGUUAUUG